AUGACAGAGGAAAAUGGAUCGAAUUCUCCAGUAUUGGCACGAGCUAAAUUUAAAUUUGAGGGAGCGAAUAAUGACGAGCUUCGCUUCAAUAAAAAUGACGUCGUUACUAUUACACAACAACCAGAAGGUGGAUGGUGGGAAGGCACGGUGGAUGGUGUAACAGGAUGGUUUCCCAGUGCAUAUGUUACAUUAAUCACUGAAAAAGACAAAUUGAUGAGAUCUCGUAGCGUUCCAAAUGCAGCAGCAAAAGAACUGAUUGGAAUUGUGAAACAGCCCGACUACCGUGCGGAAGUUCUUGAAGAUUUUGUGAAAAACGAAACAGAAUACAUCGAACAUUUGAAAAUUACUCAAGCUGCUCUGCUCUUUCCAAUCAAAAAAGCUGGAUUUUUGGCUCCAACUGAUUACGAUAUAUUAUCGGGAAAUUUUGAAGAGAUUUAUAUUUUGCAAAAAAGCGUGCUUCUCGCUGUUGAAACCGAAAGAAAAUCGGAGCUCUCUAAGCAAAGAAUUGGUGGAAUUUUCAUGCACAACGCUGGAAUUGAGAGAGAAGCAUUGCUCAAAUACGCUGAAAAUCAUCCAAAGGCCGUCGAAGUUAUAAAAGAGAAAUCGAAGGAAAUCGAAAAAACGUUGAAAGAAAUAAGCAAGGAAAAGAAAGAAUUGGUAUCAGGAUUAAGUGAACCAUUGCGGCAUAUUGAGAAAUAUCAUACCAUGCUCACCGAGCUCGAACGAAUUGUUCCGGAGAAUCAUGCAGAUAGAGGUGAUUUACAACGCAGUGCUGCUGUUUUCAAGGAAACAAAGGAGCUAUGCGAGACCGUCAGGAAGCAAAAAGAAACACAAAUGGAAUUUUUGUAUCUCUCAAAAGUUGAGAAAAUAGUCCCAUUUUCUGAACGUGGUAUGAUUAUCUAUGUUGGAGUUGCAAACGUUGAAUUUGGAGACGCCGACCCCGUUGAUAGAUUUGUGGCAUUAUUCACUCGAUAUAUCAUGAUUUUCGAAAUCACCAAUGACAUGUCCUAUAAACUCGAGGAAAAGUAUCAAUCAACGGGCUUCCACGUCAAAAAAAAUUCUUGUAAUGAGAUCAUGCUUGAAAAGGGAAAAGUGUCCAUUAAACUGACCAUUGCACCGGCACAAGGAGAAUUUGAUAGAUGGUUUAAUGCAUUCUCCAAAAUUGAAGGUGUAAACUUAUCAACAGUGAUGCCAGCAGUAUCUCGAAAAUCUUCCCGAACUGCUAAUGAUAUUGUUGAUUAUGCUUUGGUUUCGAAGCCACCUCCUCAUCCAACGCCAAAUACAGAUACCACACAGAAGCAGAAAAAUUCGAAAUUAUUUGAGGAAUCUAUGAACGCUAGCGGUUUGCAAUUUGAUCACGAAUUGGAAAUGAUUCUUCCCGAUGGCGCACCCAUGUUAACCAGCAGUCGCAAUUCGCGAUCCCAUGAUAACCAUCGCUUUUCGCGUCUAAUGCCAUGUUUUCUGAAUGGUUGUAGACGAAACGUUUUACGGGAAGAUAAGGGAUAUCGUCUCAGAAAAGAUGCGGCACGUGAUGAAGAAGAAGAAUUCGAAGUUCUUCGCAUUAUUGAAGGAUUUUGUACGGACACCGCAUCUGUUGCUGAUAGUCAAUCUGAAAGCAAAGCUCCACAACUAAUUGUUGCGGAAGAUGAGAAAAUUUUAGUCGAGGAGAGAAUUGGCGACGAAGUGAUCAUUCAAGAAAAAAGUAUCGUUGAUGCAGUUUAUUCGAUUAAAGAUCAACUUUCUCAAUUGCAAAGCGAAUUUCUGAAAAUGACAAAGAUUGUGGAGGCGGAACAAAAAGCGCGUCGUCGCUUAGAACAUAAUCUUCCCAAAAUGUCGGGUAUUGCGUCUCCCGAUGGUUCGAUCAGUAGCAGGAAAGCAGUGAAUUCCACGGAUUCUUAG